AUGCACGUGGCUGAGACAGUGCCGAGUACAGUCAUGGAGUGGACGAACGAUAAAGUGUGUCAACUUAUUGAGCUCUACCGUGAUAAACCUGUUCUGUGGGACUGUCGCUUGAAAGGGUACAAAGACAGAAACAAGAAACAAGAUGCUCUUCAAGAAAUAGCAGAUGUUUUUGGUGUUGACAAAGCAGUAGUGGAAAAGAAAAUUAAAAACCUAGUGUGCCAUUUUUUACGUGAAAUAAAAAAGGAGAGAGACUCAAGUAAGUCUGGUGCGGGAAAUUCUGAUGUGUACAAGAGUAAAUGGUUUUGCUAUAACAACAUGCUAUUUCUCCAGGAUCGAAAUACACCUAACGAAACGACGGACACAAUCACGCAGGACGAGCAUACAAAUAAAGAUGGAGAUACUGCAAACCAAUCGCAAACUGUCAACCAGGACCAAGUUGCUGGACCAAGUGGAGAAACGCCUCGAAAACGUGUAAGUUUGCCAAAGGAACAGUCUGAUCGGCCAGGCGGAGGCCCACAAAAGAAAAAAAAGACUACAGUUACAGAAGAAGCUCUGUCAAUUAUGAGAAGUAUCCAAGGUCGGCAUAAAGGUAUGGAUCAGUUCAAAUCUUUUGGAGAGCAAGUAGGACUGCGUAUUAAAGACCUCCCAUCAUCAAAUGCUCAGAAAAUUGCAAAACACCUUAUUAGUAAUAUUCUGUUUGAAGCAGAAAUGGGCAAGUACGACUAUGGCAACCCAAUCGGCGGAAGUUACUCACAGCCAUUCUACCCAACACCGAACUACGUACAACAACCGAUUUCUGUCCCGAUGCCACCAGCUUGUCCCAAUCCAAACCCAUGUAGUGAGCAGCUGUCUUUUCACGGAAUCACACAGGCAAACUCUCCAGAUUCAGUCAUAAGCUCCUCGCUAUCAACCCAUACGGACAAUGACUCUAUCGACAAUAUAUUGAUGCACCUGUAA